AGCGGAUUGUGGCCGAGGACACAUUCAGCUGUCAGAGAUAACGCCGCUCAGCUCUUGACUGGAGUUUCACUACCAUGGACUUAACCGAGGAUAGCGCUGUGGAAAUUAACCUUUGCUGACCCACUUACUGUCGCCUCUCUCUCUGUCUCUCCUCUUUUGUUAUCGCCUUCGUCCUCUUUUGCCAGGUGCAGCCAAGAGUGAGCAACCAUGUCGGACAAGAUGUCCAGUUUCCUCCAUAUCGGGGAUAUUUGCUCCCUGUAUGCAGAGGGGUCCACCAGUGGAUUUAUCAGCACUUUAGGGCUUGUGGAUGACCGAUGUGUGGUACAACCAGACACUGGCGACCUCAACAACCCACCCAAGAAAUUCAGAGACUGCCUUUUCAAACUGUGUCCCAUGAACAGAUACUCUGCACAGAAGCAGUUCUGGAAGGCAGCAAAACCGGGAGGCAACAGCACCACCGACACAGUCCUCCUCAACAAACUCCAUCAUGCUGCUGAUCUGGAAAAGAAGCAGAAUGAGUCUGAAAACCGUAAGCUGUUGGGAACAGUCAUCCAGUAUGGAAAUGUCAUCCAGUUGUUACACUUGAAAAGCAAUAAGUACCUGACAGUGAACAAGCGUCUACCUGCUCUGUUGGAGAAGAACGCCAUGAGGGUGACGCUGGACUCCGCCGGCAACGAGGGGUCGUGGUUCUACAUCCAGCCCUUCUACAAGCUGCGAUCCCUGGGAGACAGUGUGGUGAUUGGAGAUAAAGUAGUCCUUAACCCUGUAAACGCUGGCCAGCCCUUGCAUGCCAGCAGCCACCAGCUGGUUGACAACCCAGGAUGCAAUGAGGUGAAUUCUGUGAACUGCAACACCAGCUGGAAAGUUGUUCUGUUCAUGAAAUGGAGUGACAACAAAGAAACAAUACUAAAAGGGGGUGAUGUGGUGCGGUUGUUCCAUGCAGAGCAGGAGAAGUUCCUCACAUGUGAUGACCACAGGAAGAAGCAAUAUGUUUUUCUUAGGACAACAGGCCGCCAGUCUGCCACCUCUGCCACCAGCAGCAAAGCACUCUGGGAAGUAGAGGUGGUCCACCAUGACCCAUGCAGGGGGGGAGCAGGCUACUGGAACAGCCUGUUCAGGUUCAAACACUUGGCCACAGGGUGCUACCUGGCUGCUGAGGUGGGUGAGGUGAAUCCAGAUUUUGAGGAGGAGAGCACCGAGCAGCGGUCCUCAGUGGUGGACUUUACACCCUUUAAUUUCCAGCUGGAUGCCGACCAUGAAGCCCUGCGAGCUCGUCUGCGGGCCCCCCAAGAGAAAGUCAUGUAUACGCUGGUGCCUGUUCCUGAUGGCAUGGACAUCUCCUCCAUCUUUGAGCUGGAUCCCACCACCCUGAGAGGGGGGGACUCCAUGGUGCCAAGGAGCUCUUAUGUGAGGCUGAGGCACUUGUGCACCAACACAUGGGUUCACAGCACCAACAAUCCCAUUGAUAAAGAGGAAGAGAAGCCUGUUAUGUUACGGAUUGGAACAUCAGCCGUAAAAGAAGACAAAGAGGCUUUUGCCAUUGUACCGGUGCCGCCAGCAGAGGUGCGCGAUUUAGACUUUGCCAAUGAUGCGAGUAAAGUGUUGGCAUCUAUUGCUGGCAAGCUGGAAAAGGGUACCAUCACACAAAAUGAAAGAAGGUUUGUGACCAAGCUCCUGGAGGAUCUAGUGUUCUUUGUGGUGGAUAUCCCAAACAGCGGGCAGGAUGUUCUGGAGAUCAUGGUUAACAAGCCCAACAGGGAAAGACAGAAACUCAUGAGAGAGCAGAAUAUCCUCAAGCAGAUAUUCAAACUUCUCCAAGCCCCCUUCACGGACAGUGGAGAUGGCCCCAUGCUGCGACUGGAGGAACUAGGAGACCAGCGUCAUGCACCUUUUAGGCAUAUUUGUAGGCUUUGCUACAGAGUGUUACGCCACUCUCAGCAAGAUUACAGGAAGAACCAGGAAUACAUAGCCAAACAGUUCCGGUUCAUGCAGAAACAGAUAGGCUACGACGUGUUGGCAGAGGACACAAUAACGGCCCUGCUCCAUAACAAUCGCAAGCUGCUGGAGAAGCAUAUCACUGCUGCUGAGAUAGACACAUUUGUCACUCUAGUGAGGAAGAACCGGGAACCCAGGUUCCUGGACUACUUGUCAGAUCUGUGUGUGUCCAUGAAUAAGUCCAUCCCUGUGACCCAGGAGCUCAUCUGCAACGCAGUGCUGGACCCAACCAAUGCUGACAUCCUGAUUGAAACCAAACUGGUCCUGUCGAGGUUUGAGAUUGAGACGACAGCAAAUGGAGAGAAUCCAGUGGAGGCAGAGGAUGAAGAGGAGGUAUGGCUAUUCUGGAAAGACAACUGUAAGGAGAUUCGCAGCAAGAGCAUCAGAGAGCUGGCCCAGGAUGCCAAGGAGGGCCAGAAGGAGGACCAGGAGGUGGUCAGCUACUACAGGUAUCAGCUGAACCUCUUUGCCAGGAUGUGUCUGGAUCGCCAGUACCUGGCCAUUAAUAAGAUCUCUGGUCAGCUGGAUGUGGAUCUGAUUCUGCGAUGUAUGUCUGAUGAGGACCUGCCCUAUGACCUGCGGGCCUCUUUUUGCCGCAUGAUGCUGCACAUGCAUGUGGACCGUGACCCACAGGAGCAGGUCACGCCCGUCAAAUAUGCCCGUCUGUGGUCUGAGAUUCCCUCUAAGAUCGCUAUCGAUGACUAUGACAAUGAUGGAACCACCAGAGAUGAGAUUAAAGAGCGUUUCUGCCUCACCAUGGAUUUUGUGGAGAACUACCUGAGAGAGGUGGUGUCACAAAAUAUUCCCUUCUCUGACAAGGAGAAAAACAAGCUUACCUUUGAGGUGGUGAACUUGGCGAGAAACCUCAUCUACUUUGGUUUCUACAACUUCAGUGACCUGCUUCGACUCACAAAGAUUUUACUGAACAUUUUAGACUGCGUCCAUGUCAGCACCAUGUAUCCUAUCAACAAGAUUGAGAAGGGAGAGGAAAACAAAGUUGGCAGUAAUGUGAUGAAGUCCAUUCAUGGAGUGGGAGAGCUGAUGACCCAGGUAGUCCUGCGAGGAGGCGGCUUUUUGCCGACAACACCAACUCAUCAGCCAGAGGGGGAUGUUGUCAAAACCCAAAUCGAGCCAGAGAGAGAAGAUAUCAUGGUCAUGGACACUAAGCUCAAGAUAAUUGAGAUUCUACAGUUCAUUUUGAAUGUGCGACUAGACUACAGGAUCUCCUGCCUACUCUGUAUUUUCAAGCGAGAGUUUGAUGAGAGCAAUCCACAAGCAGACAAUACUCCCAGUCAGGAUGGAACCAAUAAUGUGACAGGAAAUCUUGACUUUGAGAACAUUGAGGAACAGGCUGAGGGGAUCUUUGGAGGAAGUGAGGAGAACAGUCCAUUGGACCUGGAUGAUCAUGGGGGUCGCACCUUCCUGAGGGUCCUGCUCCACCUGACCAUGCAUGACUACCCUCCCCUGGUGUCGGGAGCGCUCCACCUCCUCUUCAGACACUUCAGCCAGAGGCAGGAGGUUCUCAUGGCUUUCAAACAAGUCCAGCUCCUGGUGACCAGUCAGGAUGUGGAUAACUACAAACAGAUCAAGUCAGAUUUGGACCAACUGCGUUCCAUCGUGGAGAAGUCUGAACUGUGGGUCUACAAGAGGCAGGGGGAGGAUGGGAUGGAUGGGGAUGGACCGUCAGAAUCUGACAACAAAAAGAAGGGAGAUUCAGGUGGUUCAGAUAAAAAGAAGACAGAAAGCACCAGCAGUUAUAACUACAGGGUUGUCAAGGAGAUCCUGCUGCGUCUCAGUAAGCUGUGUGUCCAGGAGGGAGCUUCGGGGAAGAAGAGCAAGAAACAACAGCAGAGGCUGCUGAGGAACAUGGGGGCUCACAGCGUGGUGCUGGAGCUCCUGCAGAUCCCCUACGAGAAGGGUGAGGAUGUACGCAUGCAGGAGAUCAUGAAGCUGGCCCAUGAGUUCCUGCAGAAUUUCUGUGCAGGAAACCAGCAGAACCAGGCUCUUCUCCACAAGCACAUCAACCUGUUUCUUAACCCAGGGAUCUUAGAGGCAGUCACAAUGCAGCACAUCUUUAUGAAUAACUUCCAGCUAUGCAGCGAGAUCAGUGAGCGUGUGGUUCAGCACUUUGUCCACUGUACAGAGACCCACGGUCGACAUGUCCAGUAUCUCAAGUUCCUGCAGACCAUUGUCAAGGCUGAGAACAAGUUUAUCAAGAAGUGCCAGGACAUUGUCAUGGCUGAGCUGGUGAACUCAGGCGAGGAUGUCCUGGUCUUCUACAACGAUCGCGCCUCCUUCCAGACGCUGGUCCAGAUGAUGCGUUCAGAGCGGGACCGCAUGGAUGAAAACAGCCCCCUGAUGUACCACAUCCACCUGGUGGAGCUGCUGGCCGUCUGCACCGAGGGCAAAAAUGUCUACACUGAAAUCAAAUGCAACUCCCUGCUGCCGCUGGACGAUAUUGUGCGGGUGGUCACCCAUGAAGACUGUAUCCCUGAAGUGAAGAUUGCCUAUAUCAACUUCCUGAACCACUGCUAUGUGGACACAGAGGUGGAAAUGAAGGAAAUCUAUACCUCCAACCAUAUGUGGAAGCUGUUUGAGAAUUUUCUGGUGGACAUUUGCAGGGUGUGCAACAACACCAGUGACAGGAAGCAUGCAGAUACCAUGCUGGAGGGUUAUGUAACUGACACGGUCAUGAGCAUUGUCACAUGUUUCUUCAGCUCUCCCUUCUCUGACCAGAGCACCAGUCUGCAGUUGGCUCGCCAUAUGUAUGCCGCCUUUCUUGGAAAGAUAACUGAGACUCGCCAGCCAGUAUUUGUCCAGCUGCUGCAGGGGGUGUUCAGGGUCUACCACUGUACCUGGCUCAACCCUCUGCAGAAGGCCUCAGUGGAGGCGUGCAUCAAAGUGCUCUCAGACGUGGCCAAGAGCAGAGCCAUUGCCAUCCCAGUAGACCUGGACAGUCAAGUGAACAACCUGUUUGUCAAGUCCAAUAAUGUGGUGCAGAAGAGCAUCCUGAACUGGAGGCUGUCGGCCAAGAACACAUCCAGACGAGACUCCGGUCUGACCACCUCCAAGGACUACCGCAACAUCAUAGAGAGGCUGCAGGACAUCGUUUCGGCCCUGGAGGACCGUCUGAGGCCGCUGGUCCAGGCUGAGCUCUCAGUGCUGGUGGACGUCCUGCAUCGUCCCGAGCUGCUCUUCCCCGAGAACACAGACGCUCGCAAGAAGUGCGAGAGUGGAGGAUUCAUAUCCAAACUGAUCAAACACACCAAGCAGUUGCUGGAGGAGAAUGAGGAGCGUCUGUGCAUCAAAGUACUGCAGACCCUGAGAGAAAUGAUGACCAAAGACCGGGGCUAUGGGGAGAAGCUGAUUGCCUUUGAUGAUGAAAUGGAUGUGGCUGAGCUGGCACCUCCACCCGAGCCUGAAGUCCCUCCUGAGGAGCUUGAUCCCAACCAGCCACAGAAGCAACUGGAGGAUCAAAGGAGGGGAGAAGCCCUCCGACAGAUUUUGGUCAAUCGAUAUUAUGGGAACUUCAAACCUGGAGGGAGGAGGGAUAGCGUUACAACUUUCAGCAAUGGUCCUGUCACUUCUGCAGCACCUGGAAAACCUCCCACAGUUGUCAGCUCAGGGGUUGGAGGUCGAGGGGAGCUGAGCCUGGCGGAGGUCCAGUGCCACCUCGACAAGGAAGGGGCCUCCGAUCUGGUCAUCGACCUCAUCAUGAAUGCGACCAGCGACCGGAUCUUCCAGGAAAGCAUCCUAUUGGCCAUUGCCCUGCUGGAGGGUGGCAACACAGUCAUUCAGCGGUCUUUCUUCAAUCGUUUGACGAGCGACAACAAGUCAGAGAAAUUCUUCAAGGUGUUUUAUGAACGCAUGAAACUGGCCCAGCAGGAGAUCAAAGCCACUGUGACGGUCAACACCAGUGACCUGGGCAGCAAGAAGAAAGAUGAGGAGCCACCUGACAAAGACACCCCGGCACGCAAAAAAGUCAAGGAUGUGCCAGUGGUGGCAGUGGCGACCGAGGAGAUGAAGGAGCAGCUAGUGGAGGCCUCCGCUGCCACCAAGAAAGCCUUCACAACCUACCGCCGCGAGGCCGAGGCCGAGGAGCACCAGGCAGCAGCUGAUGGAGCCGCCGUCCCCACCACUGACAAGGGCCAGGAGGAAGGCGAGAUGAGUGUCAUCAUCACCAUCAUGCAGCCAAUCCUGCGCCUCAUGCAGCUGCUCUGUGAGAACCACAACAGGGAGCUUCAGAACUUUCUGCGCAACCAGAAUAACAAGAACAACUAUAAUCUGGUUUGUGAGACACUCCAGUUCCUGGACUGUAUCUGUGGCAGCACCACAGGGGGUCUAGGGCUGCUGGGACUCUACAUCAACGAGAAAAAUGUAGGACUCAUCAACCAGACUGUGGAGAGUCUGACUGAGUACUGCCAAGGUCCCUGUCAUGAGAACCAGAAUUGCAUCGCCACUCAUGAAUGCAAUGGUAUCGAUAUUAUCAUCGCCCUCAUCCUCAAUGAUAUCAACCCCCUUGGCAAGAAGAGGAUGGACCUUGUUCUUGAACUCAAAAAUAAUGCCUCCAAGCUUCUCCUUGCCAUUAUGGAGAGUCGCCAUGACAGUGAGAAUGCUGAGAGGAUACUCUACAACAUGAGGCCAAAAGAGCUGGUGGAAGUGAUCAAGAAGGCUUACAUGCAGGGUGAGAUUGAGGUGGAGGUCCCCGAGGAUGGUGAGGACGGGGAAGAAGAGCAUUCGGCCUCUCCACGCAAUGUUGGUCAUAAUAUCUACAUCUUGGCACAUCAAUUAGCCCGUCACAACAAGGAGCUGCAGGCUAUGCUGAAGCCAGGUGGCACCUACGGGGAAGGUGACGAGGCUCUGGAGUUCUAUGCCAAACACACAGCUCAGAUUGAGAUUGUGCGGCAGGAUCGCACCAUGGAGCAGAUAGUCUUUCCCGUGCCCAACAUCUGCGAGUUCCUCACCCAAGAGUCCAAGCUGCGUGUCUACUACACCACAGAGCGGGAUGAGCAAGGCAGCAAGAUCAAUGACUUCUUCCUGCGCUCUGAGGACCUCUUCAAUGAGAUGAACUGGCAGAAGAAGCUGCGAGGUACUCAAGAGGCUACUGCCCAGCCCAUCCUCUACUGGUGCUCCAGGAACAUGUCCUUCUGGAGCAGCAUCUCCUUCAACCUGGCCGUGCUCAUGAACCUGCUCGUGGCCUUCUUCUACCCUCUGGAGGGUGUCCGCGGAGGUACCCUGGAGCCCCAUCUGUCUGCCCUGCUGUGGAUGGCCAUGCUGGUGUCCCUGGCUAUUGUCAUCGUCUUACCCCAGCCCCAUGGCAUCCGGGCACUCAUUGCCUCCACUAUCUUGCGCCUCAUCUUCUCUGUAGGCCUUGAGCCCACCCUCCUCCUGCUGGGUGUUUUCAAUUUAUGUAAUAAGGUCAUCUUCCUAAUGAGCUUUGUGGGGAACCGGGGAACCUUCACGCGGGGCUACAAAGCCAUGAUCAUGGAUGUGGAGUUCCUGUAUCACCUCCUCUACCUGAUCAUUUGUGGCCUGGGGGUCUUUGUCCAUGUCUUCUUUUACAGCCUGCUGCUCUUUGACCUGGUGUACCGAGAAGAGACUCUGCUGAAUGUAAUAAAGAGUGUGACACGUAAUGGUCGCUCCAUCGUUCUGACAGCUGUGCUGGCUCUCAUCCUCGUCUACCUCUUCUCUAUUGUGGGCUACAUUUUCUUCAAAGAUGACUUCAUCCUGGCUGUGGACAGGAUACCUAACAAAACACUAGAACAUGGAGCCAGUAUGGUGGGAGAGUUCUUCUCUGGUGGAGUAUGCCAGAGGGAAAAUGGGGAGAACUGCUCAACAGAAGCCAUGGCGGAUGCUGCCCUUGCCAUCCAGCCCUCAGCGGUGGUGAUCGAGGACAAGGAGCGAACGUGUGACUCACUGCUCAUGUGCAUUGUCACAGUCCUGAGUCACGGCCUGAGGAGCGGAGGAGGUGUCGGGGACGUCCUGCGAAAGCCAUCCAAGGAGGAGCCCUUGUUUGCCGCCAGAGUGAUCUACGACCUGCUCUUCUUCUUCAUGGUCAUCAUUAUCGUCCUCAAUCUUAUCUUUGGUGUCAUCAUUGACACCUUCGCAGACCUGAGGAGCGAGAAGCAGAAAAAGGAAGAAGUGCUGAAGACAACAUGUUUUAUUUGUGGUUUGGAGAGGGACAAGUUUGACAAUAAGACAGUGACCUUUGAAGAGCACAUCAAAGUUGAACACAACAUGUGGCACUACCUGUUCUUCAUUGUCCUGGUUAAGGUGAAGGACUCCACAGAGUACACCGGCCCUGAGAGCUACGUGGCCGAGAUGAUCAGGGAGCACAACCUGGACUGGUUCCCACGGAUGCGGGCCAUGUCCCUGGUCAGCAGCGAUGCCGACGGGGAGCAGAACGAGAUCAGAAACCUGCAGGAGAAACUGGAGUCCACCAUGAAGCUGGUGUCCAACCUGUCAGGCCAGCUGACUGAGCUCAAAGAACAGAUGACAGAACAGAGGAAGCAGAAGCAGCGGAUUGGCUUGUUAGGGCACCCUCAGCACAUGAACGUCAACCCCCAGCAGCCUGCAUAAGGUCAUCGCCUCCUCCAGCUCAUCCACAUGGCACUGAAGCACCUCAGCACCGGCUUUGUGUUUGCAUAGCGGACAGAGUUCAGAGUCCUCACUCAGAGGUUCAACAUAAUGUAUACUGUAGCCUCUACUGAGUGUGAGUUAUGGUAAGGAAACACUCUAACAUAGGUAGUCAUAAUACGAUAUGUAGCUAGUCGACCCUACAGAGGCAGUAACGCUCACCCACCCCAUCUUAUUCAGUCCAGUUGGGAUUGGUGCCAAAUGUUUUCUAUGUAGAAAUGAAUUGGAUUUCUCAUUACAUGGCCUUUACUGGGUGAACUUGAAACACAAUAGAGCUGACUGGACGGAAAAAAAUUAACCCCAUUCAAAGUUAUUUAUUAUUCUUUUUUUAUAUACUUCUGGUAUAACAAGCAGUAUUUAAUGUCUUAUUUUUGUAUGUUGUGCAAUAUCCAAACUUAAAUAUGCAACCCCGUUGGUGUGUUUAAGUUCCAUAAGCCAUGUCUUAUUAUUAUAGUGUGAGUCAGUGUUUUUUUUUUUUUUUUUUUUUUUUAAUUUAUUUAUUUUAUUUUCUUUGCUUUUGUCCAGUUGGCACUGGGUAAAAUAGGGAGUCGGUGGUUUUGUCUUUACUUAAGCAAAAUAUAGAGAUAAUAAUUAAUAUGCUGGCCUUCUUAAUUUUGUUUUUAAUUUGACUUUUUGUUUCCUUGGAAAUGUGCAUACUGCUCGAGUCUUAAAUGCACUUAAUAGACAUAGUAAAUUGUGUGAGAGCAAUAUAUACAGAUAUAUAGAUUUAUUUCACCCAUGUAAAUCCUAUGGUGUCAUAUCUCAAUGCUAACUUAUUUCAUGAUAAAAUUGCUUUCUUAUUUUAAUUGGGAUCUAAAAGAUACUUAGGAUGUUUUGCUUCUCAGUCAAAUCUAUAAUCUGUUCGGUAUCAGUCAUGCUGUUACGGUUUGCUCAGCGGUCGUGUAACUCGUGUAUCAUAAUAAAUACCAUUAGCAUCAUUUCCCGGAUUUCUCUCGUGCUGCAGCAGCUUUGUUCCAUUCGUGCCUGUUUUUUUUUUUUCUUUCUUUAAUUCGACAGUUGAUACUCAUGUGUUACUUGUUCAUAGCCACUCUCUUUUUAUGUCCAUAUCAUGUAAAGACAUUUUCAUUCUAAUGUUAGAAACUGGGUUUAAUUUGUUUUGUAUUAUAUUUUGUGUACAUAAGGUUUGUUGCUUAUAUCAUUGCUUUUGUAUAGAAAAAUGACAAUGGGGGAAAAUGUAACUCAAAUUAAUGUUCAGAUUAAUAAUUAAAAAUCUAAGUACUGUUAAUUUGUAUAUUAAAGUAGAAUUAUUUAUUAAAAUUGAUGUAAUUAUC